AAUCUAGCCAAUCCGCCGACGGUUGGGAGGAGUUGGGGAAGUACUUCGAGCUAAGUUAGUUCGCCCCCUCAGACAGUGACAAAACAGUCGAGCUUUUGUCCUCUUUCAGUCGUUCACAAGUCGUCUAGCUGAGAACAGAUCUAUCGCAGCCAUGACAAAGGACCCAAAUAAGCCAAGAGGAAAGACAUCCUCAUAUGCUUACUUCGUUGCAACUUGCCGCGAAGAACACAAAAAGAAACAUCCAGGUACCAGCGUAGGCUUUGCCGAGUUUUCCAAGAAAUGCUCCGAGAGAUGGAAGACUAUGUCAGCCAAGGAGAAGGUGAAGUUUGAGGAUUUGGCUAAGACAGACAAGGUCCGGUAUGACCGGGAGAUGAAAACCUACAUCCCUCCUAAAGGGGCUCCAGGCAAAGGCAAGAAGAAGAAGGACCCCAAUGCACCCAAAAGGCCACCGUCCGCUUUCUUUGUGUUUUGCUCCGAUCACCGUCCCAGAAUCAAGGAGGAGAAUCCUGGCAUAUCCAUUGGGGACAUUGCAAAGAAGCUUGGAGAGCUCUGGUCUACACAGACUUCAAAAGACAAGAUUCCGUAUGAGGCAAGGGCCGGAAAACUGAAGGAAAAAUAUGAGAAGGAUGUUGCGGCAUACAAAGCCAAAAGUGGCUUGGGGAAGAGUGAUGCUGGCAAGAAGAGUGGACCAGGCAGGCCCGCUGCCAAGAAAGCACAGCCAGUUGAUGAUGAUGAUGACGACGACGAUGAUGAGGACGACGAUGAUGAUGAUGACGAUGACGAUGAUGAGGACUAAGUGGCUUAUUUAAAGGAUGUGAAUUUUGCAUUGCAUUUUUCAAAUCGGAUUUUGUGUGGAUAAUUCAAAUGGCAUAGCCUGCUGUCCCUGUUGGUCUGCCUCUGUAGGAUACCAGACCUGUAUUCAUUUCAUGUUCAGGGAUUUAGUUUUCUUUUGUAAUUUAGUCCCUUUUUACUUUAACUUUUGUUUACACAUCAAAGACCCUCAUUGAUUCUUUAAGCGCCAACUAGACAUGAAUUUCCUGUGGCCAUGUACAAGUGGUACAAUCAGCAUUUUUUUUUUAAGUAUUUCUCGAAGCACUGCUUAUGUUUUUGUUUAGUGGUGUGGUUUCUUCACUGUCAUUUUACUACCAGGAGUUAUCUGUAGUUUGAUUAAAAAUGUUUGAAGCCAUUUUUAAUAUGGAGCUUUGAAAACAUGUAGAAUUUUUUUUUGUAAUAAAAUUUUGUAUAUUAACAGUGUUCACUCUUUUAAUCAGUUUGCGUGCAUUUCUUAAAUGACAUUUUCUCUUUAUGUUAUAUGUAGUGUUCCUUAGCCACAAGUAUUGAGUACAAAGCAUAGGUUUGUAUGAAUAUUCACCAGGCCUAUGACUUGACUUCUAUUCAGUGUAUGGAAAGGUGUAGUCUGUUUAUGGUUCAGUAAUUUGAUACCCCUUCACUGUUUGAGCCUAAAAAGAAAAACAUUAAUAGAUUUAUUCCUGAUAUCUUGGAAAGGGCUGGAUUUGACUGAACAUUUACUCAAGUACAUGGAUAAGUACUACGUUACGGUACUUACAUUUUUCCCUUCCCUGCUAUUAAACUCUUACUAAGUCAAAUAUUAAUAUUUUGAGGCAGAAUGAGCUGCUAAAACGAUUCAAUGUUCAGUGAAGAUAAAUAUUCCUCUUAAUUCAGUUUAUUAUGAAAGCAGAGGCAACACAAUUGGGCUUUGAAGAAAAAUAUCAAUCUUUCGUAAUUGUAGUACAGUACAUUCAAUAUGAGAAACAGACCAUCGGUUCUUGUUUAAAUAAAAACCUUGUUUUACAAAAAUA